AUGGAUGUGGCAGGGAGGCAGAAGCAGCAUGCGGAGUUUCUCUUCAUCAGGGACAAGAAGUUGAUUCGUGUCUUUGCAGCUUCCGGGUUUGAAGUGGCUUCGAUACCCUCGGACGUCCUGACGGACGUGCGAAGCCUCAAAAAGCAGCUACAUGGCAUUUGCGGAUUUCCACGAUUCAGGCAACGUUUGCUGCACAAUGCCUCCAUUCUGCAGGACCAGAUGAAGCUCGAUUCCGAGAUGGAUCUGCAGCUUGUAACACUGCCCUUCGCCCCUGUUCCCAUGGUCGACCAGAUGAAGCCGUACCUUGCCACCGAUUCCGGUGACCUGGAGCAGCUAGAGGAGUUUCUCCAAAGACCAAUCGACCCAAAUCUGCACACGUUUGGAGAUCAGGGUGGCCUCACACUGUUGCUUUAUGCAGCAUACAAGGGGGGACUGGAGGCUGCAGAAAUGCUUCUGGAGGCGGGUGCUGACCCAAACCUACCCGGUGGACCCAACAAGGACACUCCUCUCGGAGUUGCUUCCUGUGCAGGUGAUGAGAAGAUGGUUCGCCUUCUGAUGAAUGCCGGUGCCGACAGCGACCAGGCACAGUUGCUGCUUGCUGGCGCCCUGCGCAGCUGUGCGGAAGCCGCUGCUGUUUGUGCCACGGGUGUCCUGCAGAGCCAAGGCGGCUCCGUUGCAGAUGCCAUCGGGGAAGCAGACUCCGUUUGUGCCCUCUCGGUGCGCGAUGCAUCGCAGGAGUUUGCCUUUGGUGCCGUCUGGUCCCAACUCUGGGCUUUCCUCGGGUGGUACAAUGCGAUGCAAGUCGUGAUCAUCCCCUGGGUUUGCCUUUGGAUGUUCUCCAGCUCUGUCUUGGGCAUGGCCCGGUUUGCACGCUUCCAGUAUCAGAUCUUCCGCAUUAGCAUCGACACCUUGCUACUCAUGUUCCUCUCGGUUGCCAUCCAGGUGGAGGACUGGUUCACCUUGGGGACCCAGUACGUCCAAUGUUGCAUGAGCAAGGCCGUGCGGAAGCGCUACAGGCUAGAGAGAGACCUCCGGCGCGCGCAGACCUUCUCGGACUAUCAGAAGGCAGAAGCAGCUCUUGAGCGAUUUCGCAGUAAGCACUCUGACGACAGCUGCGGCCGCCUUUGCCGGCGGCCCAGCACUGGCCGCCUUUCGAAGGGCUGCAGCUUUCUGGAGCAUCUGGGGGUGCUGAAGCAAGAGCUUGAGAAAGCCCUGGCCGCAGACACCUCUUCGAAGCAAGAUCUCUCGCUCAUUGAGCCGCUUCUUGUCGAUCAGCCCGGUGGAGUGGAGUGGAGCCGUGUGCCCAACUCGGAGGAGUAUUUGAAGAAACUGUGUCACUGCUUGGAGGCGAUGUGCGACAAGCGAGUGGCAGCUGGCGAAACCUUCGGAGCUUCAGAGCUGAGGCUUGCAGAUUGGCUCAUCGACCGGCAGAAGGCCCUUGGCCGAACGGCCCUGUGCCUCAGUGGCGGAGGAUCGCUGGCCAUGUAUCACAUGGGAGUCUGCCGCUUCCUCCUCGAGUCAAAGAGUGCUCCUUUCGCGCGUGCCGCAAUGGUGCAAGUGGCGCAAGUAGAACGGCUAUCUUGCAAGGAGGAGACGGAAAAAGCCAAGAAGACAAAAGCCAGAGAUUCAUGGAUCCUCUUCGUUCUCAUUUGCCUCAACUUCUUUUCAUGCCAGUUUGGCCACGGCUCCAACAUCGGGGUGGCUGUUUCGCUCCCUGGGGACUCGAAGGCCACGAACUUGGCACUCGGCUCGUUUGUGAUGAUUGGCGUUAGCUUGGGGCUGCCUCUUACACCAUGGGCGUGCAGGACCUUCGGGGAGUUCAACGUCGUCAUCGUGUGUACCAUCCUUGAUGUCAUCGCAAUGUUGCUCAUGACCGUGCCUGGCAUCACAAUACACCAAAUCUACGCAGUCCGCUUCCUCGUGGGCUUCUUCGAGGCACCCUUUCUUCCCUACUUGCAGAAGUGGCUCUCUAAGCAUGGGUGCAACAACUGGAACUUUAUGAAUACGACCUUACAUGCGAUGGUGCCUCUUGGUGAGAACGUGGGCUUCAUUGUCGCCCAGGAGUUGGACAAUGCUAAAUAUCACUGGAAGUGGGCUUUUGUUGGGCAGGCCGCCGUUUUUGGUGGCACGGCUCUGCUGUGCCUGGCCUACGGUGGACGUCAGUACUUGGAGCUUUCGGACGAUCGCACGGACAGCGAGGAGGAUCUCGAGAAGCCGACAGGUGAAGUGGAGUACCCAAGCACCGAGCGGUGGGGUGUCUACUGGGCGACCAAUGUGUCCCUGGCAGCACAACUUGGUUUUCUCGGUGGGUGCAAGUACGUCAUUCGAGACUACGCUAUCUCGCGCGGCUUUGGCCUGCACGUCGUCGUAUUCACCUUCGCGCUCAUUGCCUUGAUCGGCCCAGCCCUUGGUGGCAGCAUCGCCAUGUCAGGGAGCGUGGUGCAGCCGGACAAGUGGAGUCAGCACCGGAGGACCCUCAUCUUCCUUGCGUGCGUCUCCAGCACGGCCGCAAUGCUCGCAUCCAUUCUCCCCUAUGUCUCAAGCACUUUCUUUUGGCCGGCCUUGUUCCUAACUUUCUGCAUCGCCGGCGGCGUCUACCCGGCAGCGCAGGGGAUCAUCCAAAUCGCGCUGACCAGGAGCCGCGUGAUCGAAGCCUCCGUCUAUCAGACGCAGUGCAACAACCUCCUCUUCGCCAUGCCAAUGCCCUAUGGCAUUGGAAUUGCUAUGGACUCAUGGAGCAUCGGAGCCUCAUUCCGCCUCGUGGCCCUCUUCCAGGUGAUGGCCGCCGCGGGCUUCUCCUUGGCCGUACUAUCGGCGGAUUGGGGUGAGCAGCGCAGCACGUGGAAUCGGCUGACAUCCCCAUCCGCGCAGUCCGCGCAAGACACAGCAAGCCUUCUCGAGGAGGGGAAAUCGCCCAAUGUGGAGCUCAUGAAUGUCUCCGACACAGUCGCAAAGGAAGAGAGGCAAGAAAAAUCGAUGGACCAGCUGUGUGCAGAUGUAGCAGUGCAGGAAGGGCUGAUGCCAAAGAUCGUCAGCGGAGUGUCCGGCGGCUCGAUUGUCGCCGGAUUUCUGGCCAUCCACACGAACGAGGAGAUCCGGCGCAUCCAGUUAGACGACUCGGGUUGCAUAGCUUAA